AGCGAGUUCAAGGAGAAGAAAGAAGAAUUAUUUGUGUUCGGCUACUCGUGCAAAUUGUUCAGGGACGAUGAUAAAGCCCUGCACAUUGAUCAAGGAAAGCACCUCAUUCCGUGGAUGGGGGAUGAAACGUUGAAAAUCGACAGGUUCGAUCCGUUUUUUUCUAUAAGAUUGCUAACUGUGGCGCUAAAAACUUUAAACUCUCCAAUGUAAGAAAGUAUUAAAUUUUGGAAGACUUCUAAGAUUUUCGCAGAGGAUGUAUUGAAGUUUUCGCGAUGAACAACGGGUGCUGCGGCCGUGGUGGCGGCAGCGUCGCAUUUUUACGGUGACACGCUCCGGUGGUAUGAUGCGAGGGGAGCCCUGCACGACCUCAGCAAUUACGAAGCUCCACAGGGGGGCUUCGACUGGCGCGUGGAACUCAGCAAGACCGAGCAGGAUGUGGAACAACUUUGUGAUGAAGAACGCUACAGAGCUCUACAUACUGAUGAAGAUGAAGAAGAAAUGUAUAAAGAGGAGGAGCUCAAGCGUCUCCACGCAGCAGGCUAUGGCCAGGUGGGCUUCAACUACGACACUCCAGCGGAGCCCGAACCUCCCCUGCAGCCUACUGAGGUUGACGAGCCCUUCCUACCCACACCUGCUUUCAAGGCUCUCUUGCCAGUUGACUUAGUUCUGCCAGAAACAGAGAAACAAAAUGCCAUAAUAGAGAAGACUGCUAAGUUCAUAGCAAGCCAGGGCAUGCAGAUGGAGAUCCUGAUCAAGGCCAAGCAGGGGGACAACCCACAGUUCCAGUUCCUCAACAGGGACUCCGAGCUGCAUCCUUACUACACCACACUGAUUGGUCUUGUCAAGGCCGGCAAAUGGCCGGAGAAGAAGCCUGAAAUCGUUGUUGAAGAUAAACCACCCGAAAAUGAUGAUUACCUUCAUCCCAGCCUGGCUUCAACAAUAAUUGAAUCUGCCCCGUCAAUCCCAAGUAUCCACUACAAGCCGUCUGCGGACUGCGACUACACGAUGCUGAUCUCGAAGAUGCGCGGGUCCCCGCCGCCGUUGGAGGCGGCCCCCGGCGAGGAGCCCCCGCCCGGCACGGCGCCGCUGCCCCCGCGGCCGCACGCCAUGAUCUCGCGGGCGCCCGUCAUGUACAACACUGCUAAUGAGCCGAACACCCAAGGCCCGCCAAUGCCGCAACACACACAGCCUCAGUACCAACAGUACGCGGCUUACUACCAGCAGGUGCCACCACCGACUGUGGCCGCCCCACCGCCCAAGAUGGAGGUCAAAUCCGGGCCAUUAAAGUCCACCGGUCUUAGUCUCAUGAAGAACUAUAAUACUGACUCGGAUAGUGAUGUGUCAGAUUGCGACGACACGUCCUCAACCGACAGCAAAGGCCCGAUCAUAGUGCAACCGCCGGAAGAGAUUCAAAUAGUGAUCGACAAGAUGGCGGCGUACGUGUCACGAAAUGGCGCCGAGUUUGCUGACAUAGUGCGCGCGAAGGGAGACCCGCGGUUCGCGUUCCUCGAGCCCACUGACGUGCACCACGCCUACUACUGCUCGCGGCUCGGGCAGGGGCCCGAGCAGCACAAGAAGAAUAACGCCCCAGUGUCUUUCUCCAUCAAGAAACUCAAAGAGCCUGAUCCUAUUCUGCCAAAGCCUGCGUUGCCAUACGAAUCAAGCUCGGACGACGAAACGGAUAGUAAAAAAGAAAAACAAACCGAGAAAGAUGAGAACUCCGUCAAAAAUAAUACGCCGCCCGCGUUCAGUGCCAAUAAUGUACCACCAGCCAUUAUUUACAAGAUGGAUGGGACACAAAAUCAUGUUCCUACAAUCAAAACAUUCGAACCAAUAAAACCCAAAAUAGUUACCAACACACCACAAAUAGUAGAAGUAAAAUUAGCUAAAGAAGAAAAACCAAUUCUCACCAAUUUGAACCAAGAGAAACGCGCGCCUAAAGUUGAUGAAAUGAAGAAACCUAUAGAGAUUAAAAAGCCAAUCGAAAUAAGAAAGUCUGUUGCACCAGAGAUUAAAGUAGAAGGGAAACCGAAAGAGAUUCCAAAAACGCUUAAAAAGGAUAAAGAAAAGAAAAAAGAAAAGGUAGAAAGCAGAGAGAGAAAAAGGAGUCCAGAUAAAGAGAAGAGGCCAGAUGACAAGUUGAAGAAGAGGAAGUACAGUAAAGAUGAAUUGGAGACUGAAGUUAUAUCAUUAGAAGAUAAUUCCGAUGAUAUGAUUGAUUUGACUGGCGACCAUUCCGAUUCCAAAGGGUCGUUGGACACUGACACGGAUCGCCAGAAGCAGCUGGAGCGGCGGCGGCGCGCGGCCGAGUUCCUCAAGAAGGUGGGCGUCGACCCCGCCGCCGCCGCGCUGCCCACCUCCUCCCUCGCCAGCGCUAUGGUGGACACGUUGGAAUCGCUGCGUAAGAAGAAAGCAGAGGCGGAGGAGAAACGACGGAAACGGGAGAAGCGGCGACACCGCGACAAACACGGAUAUGAUGAAGAGGAUAAAUCACACCGUAAAAGCAAACGCAGAAAGCACAGAUCAUCUGAUGAAGACGACUCCGACAAUGAUGGCUCCAAAAAAAAGAAACGUAAGAAGGAAAAGAAGUCUAAAAAUAAGAAGAAGAAGAAACAAGAAUCAGUAGAUGAUGAAGAAGUGGACCAUCCUCUCCCACCGAAUAUGGACUUGAGUACCACAUUGAAGGAAUUGAGAACUUCUUCUCCUACGAAGGAGUUGGUACAGGACUUUGAGGACAGUCAGACUCAGUCUUCGCUCAAGAGGGAGUCCUCUUCGUCGGAAGAAGAGGAGAGAAGAAGUAAAAAGAGGAGGAAAGAGAGAGAGUACAGCGAAGGGGAGUGGUCGAGUGACAGUGAGGCAGAUUCGCGGUCUUCUUUGAGUAAGGCCGGAGACUGAUACAGACGGGUAAGAGCUUCGAUCACGUAUAAUAUAGACGAGAUAGAUAGAUAUAUUUUAGUAUAUAUAUUAUAUAUACUGCACUGUUGCCGUCUAAAAAUGCCACCGGCAAAUAGCGGCGAUGCGUCUCGUUUCGUUCUUAUUCCCUCGUCGCAUUUCCAUUGUUAUCUCAGUUACUUAAGGUUUGAAUUAAACCGUACGCGAUUCUAGCCACGUUACAAAUAAAAAAUAAACCAGGGAUGAACGUGGGUUUAAGUAUUUGACAGCCAAGCAAAAUAUCAU